AUGAGCGCGUCGUACGAUCUGCCUGAUACGUCAAGCUAUGGAUCAUCUUCAUCCACACCUUGGGCUUCUGCAACCAGCCAGCCAUCGUCCGACAACGUCGUUCAAUCUUCGGCAUCCUCCUACACUGAUGCAGCCAACACUAUGUCGAAUGUACCCAUAACCCCAGACGUUGUCGCGAAUCCUUGGAACACCUCGUUGCUGUGGUCCUCUGGCAUCAUUGACAAUCGGGACCCGCGCUCUUCCUUCUGGCCAGCUUCCAAUUGGCGCAAUACAAGCGUCCCAGACAAUGUUAACACAUCUCCUAUCGACUACUACUACACCUCGUUGACAGCGGGCGACUCGGUCAAUUUCUACUUUACCGGACAUGGUCUGUCCGUGCUUGAUUAUCGAGGGCCUUUUCGAGGCAAAUACAAUGUCACCAUCGACAACACCACAUCGGUCAUCAUCGAUGCCUACUCCCACAUCGACGAGCUUGCCGAUUCGUCUGGAACCCAACUGCCGCCUGCCAUCUGGACCUCUGAUACCUUCGAUGAGGGCACGCAUUAUGUCGUCAUGAGCAAUCUCAACAAUUUCACCGACAUGAACUUCUGGGGCGUAGUCAUCAACCCAAACAACUACAGACCAGGCAAGUCUUUCAUGCCCGCCACCUCCAACACCAAAGUGAUCAUCAUUGCUUCUACCCUCACAGCCGUAGUUAUGAUCGGCCUCUUUCUCCUCAUCGGCUCGCUUCUGUACUACUACAAACUGGUCCGACCCCGACGUCUUCUCCAGGCGCAGAUAGACAACGAACGCAAGGACGUGUUGUUGCCUCCACGCUCAUCGUCCUCCAAUUUCGAGACAAGCGGCUCGCGCAGGUCGUCACGCUUGCGACUCGAUGUCAAUUUCCUUGCCAGUCAGGGCGACCUCGGCAGGGUACCAAGCAGGGUUACUGCUACCACAACUGAGUCUCAGUACUGGGUUCGAUCCCAGACCGAGUUGCCUCAGGGCACCGACAUGAGGCAAUCCAGCAGAGCCCCCGCCAUCUUUCAAGAAAUCCGUCUUGAUUCAUCUCAGGUCUCAGCGACGUCAUCCCCCACCGAUCUUAGCCCCGUUAGCGAGAUCAAUCUGGGCUCUACCAUCUAUUCCACCGAGAAUGGUCAGCCUUUCUCUCCUCUGUCUGCCACAACUCCUGCUCAUGUCACCGCCCAGGCACAGCCCCAUCAUCCUGCUCCCUGGAAUGCUGAAUCUGUGACCAACAGCCGGUCUGGAACCAACCAGCCGCCAUCGCACCAACGCUCCGGCUCUAUGAAUUUGUACUCGUCAAGCAAUGGUCCCGCCGCACUCCCUGCAGGCGCAAGCACCAGCUACUUGCAUCAUAGCCGAAACGGUUCUUUACCGUAUGCGAAUCCAUUCCAGGAUCCGACCGCGCCAGCGGCAAAUAGACUCGCGAGAACAGGCUCACGUCGUCCACUUCCGAUGCCUCCCACAGCAACUUCGCCUGUUAGUACUAUGGCCCAUCCCUCUCCAUCCGCCACUUCACCGACGUCGUCGGCGGCCGAUCCGAAUCACAGCGGCACUACAGAAACCACUCCGCAAGCAUCUGUAUCUGUCGAUCGUAGUGCAUCUCAGCGCUAUCGCAUCGAACAAGACGCUUGCUCGUUUCAUCUAUCUGAGGAUGGCAUGUUUGACGAUCACACUGGCGAGACCUUGCUACCGCCGCCAUACGCGCCGAGGGAUAUGGGGAGGCACUUUGUUUAG